AUGGUAGGUACAUCUACCGUCGACAAAGUUGACGUGGUUGGAGUUGACGUGGCCGAAAAGGGAGAGAAGCAUGUCGAUACUCGGCCCCAGAUUGUUGGCUUCACCGCGGCCGAGGAAGAGCUGCCUCCAGGAUACUUCAGGAGCGCAUACUUCCUGGGAACAUUCUUCGCCACGGUCUUCUCAGACAUGUCUGCGGCGGGCGUGUAUGGCAUGAUCGGGUCCAUUCUGACCCAGGUGAACGCCGACCUGGGGAACAACGUGAAUAUACUGUGGGUGCCGUGCGUCUACACGCUGGCCACGAGCGUCGGCCUUCUCCUCUUUGGCCGGUUGACGGACCUCUUCGGCCGUCGCUGGUUCUUCAUCGGGGGCAGCCUGUUGGCUGUGAUCGGGUCGGUGGUCAGUAGCCGGGCUCAGGACGUGGCAACCCUGAUCGCCGGCAUGCUGUUCAUCGGCCUGGGGGCGAGUGCCGGUCUGUCGUAUGUGACGGUGCUGACGGAGCUCGUUCCCAUGAAGCACCGAUUCUUCAUCAUCGGCAUCUUUAUGAUCUUCAUCAUCCCCAUCGGGUUCUUCAGCGCCGCCAUCGCCGCGGCGUUUGAAAUCUACACCGGCCCGGGCUGGCGCUGGGUGUUUUACCUGAUGAUCAUCACGAACGGACUGGCCACGCUUCUCUGGUUUGUCUUCUACCACCCGCCGACCUUCCACAUGAAGAACCGCGAUCGCACCCGCAUCUAUAUGCUCCGGCACUUUGACUAUGUCGGGGCGCUCUUGUUCGUCGCCGGCACCGUGCUCUUCUUGAUGGGCCUGUUGUGGGGAGGCCAGGCGUAUCCUUGGAAGUCGGCCCAUGUCAUCACAACCAUCAUCGUCGGCUUCGUCUGCUUGGUGUCCUUGGCCGCAUGGGAGAUCCGGGCUCCGCUUCAAGAGCCCCUCAUCCCAGUCCAUCUGUUCAAGAACGUUCACUGGGUCGCCUCGGUCCUGCUUCUGGGAUUCGGUGCCAGUGUCUACUAUGCCACCGCCUUGGUGUGGCCGGAGAUGGUGACGGUGGUCUACAGACAGGGCAAUACGAAGAAAGACCAGAUGUGGGCCGGUUGGAUUUCAUCCCUCCUCAGCAUCGCCUUCACCCUCGGCGAAGUGUCCGGUGGCCUGCUGGCGGAGAAGAUUGGCCGGGUGAAAUAUCAGUGCAUGUUUAUGAUUACCAUGGGGAGUGUUUGUCUUGCAUCCAUGGCAGUCUGCAACCUGGACAAUCUAGCGACCGGCAUCGCCCUCCUGGUCAUGUCUCUAUUCAGCAUCGGCUGGAACGAAGCCAUCGCAUUCAGCAUGACGACGAUCUGCAUCCACAACCAGCAAGAAAUCGGGUCGGCGGCCGGCUGCGCUGGAGCAGCGAGGUCUGUCAUCUCGUCCAUCGCCUCGGUGAUUUACCAAGUAGUGCUCCGAACGCGCAUCACGCAAACAGUGCCCCGGGUGGUGGUCCCUGCCGUCAUCCAAGCCGGUCUGCCGCAAUCCUCAGUCGCGGCCUAUCUGAUGGCUCUGGCGAGUGGCUCAGCUGCCGCCUUGUCGGCCGUCAAGGGCAUCACGCCGGCCAUCGAGGCUGCAGGAGCAUAUGCCUACCGGGUCGCCAAUGCCGCCGCAUAUCACCCAGUCUUCCUCACCUCGAUUGCCUUUGGUGUCAUCUCGGUGGGCUUGACUUUUUUCGUGCCUAAUGUUGACGCCUUGAUGACUCACGAGAUAGCCACUACGCUGCAUACUCGAGGCAAUGAGGCGGAACUUAUUGGCCAGUCUGGUAGAAGUCAGGAAGGGAAACAGCUUGAGUGA